AUGACUUCUUGUCCUUUGAGGAAUGUUAAGAAAGAAGGUCAUGGUUAUUUUGAAGAAAUGAAUGUCCCGGAGAAAGAGGUAUAAUUGUAAAUACAGGGCCUCAGGUUCGAUUCCUGCCAGAGGGUCGAUAGUUCGCAACUGUUCCUGGUUAGGUCCAAUAAAUGUAUAAAAAUUCCACUCGAAAUUUUCAUCUACAUAUCCCUUCAAUAAUUAUGUUAUAUCGAGCUACACGCCCAACAUCCUGAUAUUUACCCAUAUAUCGACAAAUAAAGCCUUGAUCGCUGAACAUAUAUUAAGACAGUGUAAUUUGAAGAAACAUAUUGUUCCUAACCAUGAUUUAAAAUUAAGAAGGUGAUAAACCAGGAAACAUUGUUUCCUAGUCAUGUUUCUAGAAGGUGGGCAGAGAACAUUGUUUCGAAAACGUCUUUCCUAGCAUAUAUGUUCCCCAAAACACACAAUGAAACUUUCAGUUCUGCAAUAAAGUUCAAGCUUGGGAAACAAAAUACGUUUGAAUUAGUGAUUAUUAUUUAGCUGUAUGAAUCAAAGAAGAAUCCUGGCUUGUCAUGCUUGGAUAUUAACAGUUGUCAUGACAACGAUGGCGAAUAUUGGGUGUCUUCUGAACUAGAAACAUCUUGGAAUGUUACAAAAGCGUUUUGUUACAUGAACUCAGCGAAAGGUAACGUUGUAGAAAAACAAUCACGGAAAUAAUAUACCCAUCAUACAUUGAUAACGAGUGAAAUAUAAAAGAAGUGGUAACAGACAAAACAAGUCCGUAUAGUUACGACGAAACUAAAUCCACAUCAACAAAGAAGAAUGUUAAAGGGAAAUGGCAAUAUAUUUUUUUUAUUUUCUCAUUUGAAAGAACAUUUGAAACUAUUUAAUAACUUCUUUUACCGAUUUUUUAUAUCUUGCUUAGGUCAUUAAAUAUUUUCACUUGAAGUAAUGAGAUGACAGCCAUCUUGGAUGAAUUUUUUAUCUCAUUAACGGUAGUUUUGGUGACGUCACAACAGGGAUUAACCAUAUAAAAGUAUUCAUUUCUGACCAAAUAUUGAUUGGUAGAUGUUUUAAAGGUUUCAAGUGAUCUUGAUAUUCCCAAGGGCAUACAGAGUAUAAUUUUGAGUGCCAAAUGAUUAGUGGCUGUCUAGAUAAAAAUAUUGCGUGACCCCUGUUGUGACGUAACAUGCAUAUCUACAAAAAUCCAAGAUGGCGGGUAUUUCAUUUCUUUCGAUCAAAAUAUUUGUAGAAGUAAGCAAGAUAUGAAAAAAUGGUAAAAGAGUUUUAUAUAUGUUUUAAAUGUUUUUUUCAAACGAGAAAAUAAAAAAAUAUAUUGCCAUUUCCCUUUAAUUUUAAAUAAACAUUGUGUUUUAUUAGAUUGUAUUUUAUGACUUUAUGUCAAUAUAAUUCAAUUUGAAAUUAGCAGCACACUUUAUAGAAUAUAGAGAAUAGAUAUUAAACAAAAGGAAAUAUAAAAUUGUUUUCAUUUCUUCCAGACGCCAAUUUAAUCAACCUGGCUCGAGAUAAGCUUGCAAGUCAAUCCGGAACUGCACAUAAUGGUUCAGCAGGAAGAGCUGUUGAUGGUAACAAAAAACACAAUUUUAUUCAAGGUUCAUGUACGCACACAUCGGAGCCGGGGACGAACUCCCCAUGGUGGCGAGUGGAUUUACAGAGUGUGGUAGGUAUCAAUUGA